ACCAACAAACUCACACAGACCAAUAAAAGAAGCCCCUCCCUGUAAGAGAGAGAGAGAAAGAUCAAAAAUCAGAACACGCUUUGAAACUGAAAGAGAGAGUGAGAGUGUGUGUUUGUGAAAGAGAGAGAGAGAGAGAAGAAAACAGACACAAACGUUGUCUGUGCGAGUUAGAGAGAGAGAGAAACCCCAGAAAAUCAGAAAAUCCAACCCCAUUUUCUCUCUCUUUACUUUCCAUUUGAUCGGAGCCUCUCAUUGUGCUUUUCCGAUUACCGUCAAAUCAGCUCCGUUCUCCGGUUCGGGUCGGUGCAAUGGAGCAGUACGGCCGGUCCAGUGAAGGUUCGCGGUCUGAUCCGUCCCCGGAAUGGGCCGGGCCCGGAGCCCAAACCGGUCUUGAAGAGCCUAUGUGGCAAUUGGGGCUGGGUGCUGCGGAGGAAUCGUAUCCGCAACGCCCCGAUGAGGCUGAUUGCACUUACUACUUGAGGACCGGUUUCUGUGGCUUCGGUUCGCGGUGUCGGUACAAUCACCCUCGUGACCGUGGCAUGGUUGUUGGAGCUGAGAGGGCUGCGGGGGAGUAUCCGGAACGAGUUGGCCAGCCUGUGUGCCAGUAUUACAUGAGGACAAGAACGUGCAAGUUUGGUUCGUCUUGCAAGUACCACCACCCGAGGCUAGCAGGAGGUGCUGUUACCCCUGUGUCGCUAAACUAUUAUGGAUAUCCAUUGCGUCCGGGUGAAAAGGAGUGCUCGUAUUAUGUGAAAACGGGACAAUGCAAGUUUGGUGCGACUUGUAAAUUCCAUCAUCCGGUUCCUGCUGGUGUCCAAAUUCCAGCACCAUCACCAGUUGCUCCAGUUUCACCUUUGCCUGUACCAGUGCCUUCACCGAUAUAUUCAACCAUGCAGCCGCCACCUGGUCCUUCAUCACAGCAAAUUGGUGUGCUGGUUGCAAGGCCUCCUCUGCUGCCUGGCUCAUUAGUCCAGAGUCCCUAUGGACCUGUGGUACUGUCACCUGCCAUGGUACCUAUUUCUGGCUGGGGUCCUUAUCAAGCUUCUGGAACAGGUGCUGUACUUCCUUCCGGUACUCCUAAUGUUGGUUCAGCACAGCUUUACGGGAUGACACAACUGCCUUCAUCAGCAGCUGCCUAUCCUGGACCUUAUCAACUUCCCGGUUCCUUAGUUGGUCCUUCAAGCAGUAAUCAGAAGGAGCAGGCAUUUCCAGAAAGGUCUAAUCAACAAGAUUAUCAGUAUUAUCCGAAAACAGGGGAGGUUAAAGGUGGUCCGUCCUAUAGGCAUCACCCUCCACCAGAAAUGACUGCACCAAAAGCAAAUGUGACUCUUAGUCCUGGUGGUCUUCCUUUGCGCCCGUUUUCAGAGAUCUCCAUUCCUCACAGGGGAGAGGAUGGGGCGAGAGUGGGCAAGUUUGUUAAUGGCUGUAUAGGGACUAAAACUGAAGUCUGUGGAAGAAUCAAAUUAGGGAUAAAUCAGCCAUUGUCUCCUUACAUUUUCUCCAGUAGCCAACAUCAUCAGGGUGUUAAAUAGCAUGCUGUAUUGCCGGCGAGGCAGCCCCUUCCCACUACAGGGGCUGCCAUAAUGGAGAGGCUGAAUUGGACCAAAUAGUGGGCUGAAUAGCAGCCGUAUCAACUUUGUCUUGAUUCCAAAAAUACCCUACAAACAGAAACAUUAGGGCUUCUUUGGAGGGUUAUCUUUGGGAUAUCAAUUUCAAAAAAUGAUAAAGAAGAAGACUUGGAUUUAGAUGAUGAUGCUUGAUGACUAUUAUUUAGGAAACUUGUAUUUGGCUUUUGUUGGUAUUUACUGGUAUGUUUUGUUUAAGACACCUGAUCCCUUUGCUGUUAAUUGUGAAUGUGAUUAAUUUUGGGUUACUUUUACCAUUUUGGAGAGUUUAUACAUAUUAUGCAUUAUAUGACUAUAUAAAAUAUUCCAAAAUGGCACCUAUCCUACUAUCAGCAAUCUUGCUAUACUGUUUUUGGGUGUGGCACGUAUUUAGGUUUGGCUCCAAUGUGCCACUAUCCGAAAUUUAAAACAUUUGAUUGAAUCAAACUACUUUUAUAGAAUGUCUUGGAUGAUCUCUUUGAAAUGGUUUUUAUCUUUCAUUUUUUAAUUAGGAUUAUGAGUCUACUCAGUCUAUUACUAGUAUGGUGUCUAGUGUUUUAUCUUUUGUGUAAGACCAUUAUGCAUAAGAAAAUAUUAUUUGUAAUAUUUCUCUUUUCCCCCUUCACCACAAAAAUCCCUAUAAUUUCUACAAGGAUCAGGUAUCCCAAAGUUUUAAAUAAGAAGAGAAUGUGAAUGGCUUAAUCAAAUAUUGAGCCCAUCUCUUUGCUAUUAUAGCAAAAACCCUAUUAUGGUCUUGGGAAUGUGAUAAACAAAAGCGUAUGGGUUGUGCCACUUAAAUUGUGGGGAAUUUCUAAUAUAAUUGAGAGUUGUCGUCGAAGAUCCAACUCUUAAGAGCUUAGUUGAAGAGUCUUAGGUAAGCAAGUUAACAUCCAUUCCCAUACCUAUCUAAAUGUGAUGAAGUUUUUAUCCAUAUUUUCUACAUGUUAAAACCCUACAAAAGUCUUAUCUCAUGGGGUGAAGUUUAGUACGGUGUUGUGCUCAAUUUGGUAAGUGAUAAUUUCAUUAAGGUCACUUCGAUAGUCGGGGAAAACUCCACAUGAAUUAGAUCUUUUGAGGAACAUGUCAAGAUUAUGGCUGGUAAACAAGGCUUAGCUUUUCGCAAGGUAUUAAAUAUAUCAUAAAAUAUUCAAUAUGAUUCCACGAGAUCUCUUGCAUUCAAUUAUCAAAUCCUAGCCAAUUGAAAGGGAUCUUCUGAUUAAUCCAAGGAUAUUUAAGUUCCAUAAGGAGCCGAUAUUCAAUACAUUAGACAUUGAUCAAUCAAAGGGAGAUUCAGCAAUUGAAAGAAAAUCGGUUCUUUGUUGGGAUCAUUCCUUUCUUCAUAUAAAACAAAGAUAGAGUCAGAGCGAUUCCUUCAAAUCGAUAUUCAUCAUUUUGAUGAAACACAAGAGCCACUUGUUCUUUUUCCUCUUUUAGAUGGUCAAAACUUCAUUUGGGUUCAAAUCCCAUUAUAGGUCUUUUAGAGAUAAUCACUUAUUGAAAAAAGGAAAAAGAGAAACCUCUAGUUAUUUCUAGGAGAUAUAAAAGGAAAGAAUUAGUGAAUUUAUUCAAGAUAAUUAUGGAUCAAUCAAUACUAUUAGGCUAUGGUCAAAAGCCAAAAUUUUAGUAAAACCAUUUGGCUUUGUUUCCUAAUUAACAAUUAGAUGACAUUUAGUUGGUUCUUGUAUAACGUCUGUCCCAUAUGGAUGUAACUUCCAUUAUGCCAGUCUACUCCAUAGUUCACGCGUGAAAAGAGAUUCGCUUAUGUUUUUUGUCUUCUUCUCUUUCGGGU